CUCUGUAAAGGGUCAGGACUCAAGACAGUGCUGCGGCUGCCUGAUUGAUUAGGCUGAACGCCAUCCCCGCUGUCAUUGUGCUCCGUGCCUCCCACGUUAAUAGAUGAGGUGGGCAAGGCAGCGGCGCACAGUCUCCUUUAGCCCACUUUCCACCUUUUCUCACGCUGUCAGCGGAAAUGAGUGAGAUGACGCAUGCCAUCACCUCACGUCCGUCUCUCUCCUAAAGGGGAGGAGCUACUGGUACAAUGGACAAGGUUUCGGGAAACAACCCUACCCUAAGCAGGCCGCGAGCGGGACCGCUCAGCAGGGCAUCAGCGCCAGUUAAGUUGGAAACUAUGGGUAAAUGGUUGGGUCUUUAUCCUAAUAAACGGGAUGCAAAUUUUGUUAGAUGUUUUUUAAGUUCGGGUUCCGCUUGCCUGUUGCAAGCGAGAUGUCCGUGCGUGCGCACAGAGCCUUCAAUCCGCCCGAGCUUCGCCGACUGUGUUGCGGGAAAAGUGGAUAGGGAGCUCAGGUUGAGCAGGAUGGAGGGGCCGUUUAAGUCAAUCCCGGUGGAUGACUUGGUCAUCUCCCCGGUUCGGGUGGUACCAAAGAAGACUCCGGGCGCCUUUCGGCUGAUUCAGCAUUUUUCUUACCCGCCACGAGCGUCGGUCAGCGACGCCAUACCACCGGCUCAUUGCUCGGUGGUGUAUCAGUCGUUCGACGAGACGCUAGGUAUGGUCCGCAGCUACGGGAGCGGGGCCCUCAUGGCUAAGAUCGAUGUUGAGUCAGCUUUUAGAUUACUGCGGCAUCCUGUCUAUCAAUUUUGGGGGAAUGAAAUUGACACCGUGGCGGGAGAGUGUAGCCCGCCCCAGGACGAAGUGUCAAAGCUCCGCGAAACUAUUCGCCGUUUCAACGGCUCGCGUAAAGUCACGCUGCGGCAGGCUCAGUCCGUGCGGGGCAUGCUGAACUUUGCUUGUCGGGUGAUACCGAUGGGCAGGGUUUUCUGCAGGAAGCUCGACAGAGCUGCAGCGGGGUGUGCCAGGCCGCAUCAUUUCGUUCGUUUGUCCUCUGAGUUAAAAAGGGAUUUGGCCGUUUGGGCUUCAUUCCUGGAGGAAUUCAACGGGGUGAGCAUAUGGCAAGCGCCAGCCAUUGACAGCGAGAGUUUGCAGUUUUUUACCAAUGCUGCAGGUUCCUCUGGAUUCGGCUGUCUUCUGUAGGGAUCGGGGUGUGCGGCAUCUUGGCCGGCGAAGUGGCAUAGCGAGGGUCUUAAAAAGGAUCUGGUGCUGCUGGAGCUUUUUUUCCCAUUAUGGUGGCGCUGGAAGUUUGGGGCGAUCGGUUGGCUAACCGCAACAUAGUGUUCAGGGAGUUAAUCUGGCCGUGGUACAUGCGAUUAAUAACCAAAGGGCGAAAUCGCUGGUGGUACUACGGGUUCUUGUACAAUUGCUUUUCACUUGCUUGCGUAGGAACCUAUAGUUCAGGACGCAGCACGUGCUCGGGUUGGAAAACGAAAUCGCAGACGCGUUGUCGCGUGGGCAGUGGGAGAGAUUUCGGGGGUUUGGCUCCCAAGGCCGAAGAGCAAGGUUUUCACUGUCCCGGUUAUGUUUGGCAGGUGACCGUACCGGACUGAAGGGUUUAGCGUUGCGGUCAAUCGCGCCGGACACGCGCAAGGUGUAAGGACAGGCUUGGAGUGAGUGGGAGGAGUUUGUCCGGGGGCGGCAACAUCAAGGUAAGAGCAGGCAUCGGCUGUUGCUUUCUGUUAGGUGGCAGCGCUACGUCUCCGACAGGUCACGAGCAGUGGUUUCUCGGUACUUGGCAGGCAUUUCUUUUUCUGCAAGCUGCGAGGCGUCCCUGACGUAACGAAAAGCGAAGUUCUGCGGAAGGCAGUGAAAGGGUGGGCGCGAGUUGCGCCGUCGCCACCAGAUAGGAGGCGGCCAUCGAUGCGGCUUUGUUGCCGGCCGUAAUAAAGGCCGGAGGGCGAGUUGAGUCGUCCAGGUUUGAGACGCUUUUGUUUAGUUUGGCGUUCUCGAUGGCUUUCCACGGAGCCUUUCGAUUUUCUGAGUUGUUAGCGCCUUCCAAGAGAGCAGAUUCGCGUUUGCUGGUCGAGGACUUGGUAGUGGGUGAGAGGUCCUGGCUGUGCAGGUUACGACGCUCCAAGACGGAUCAGGUGGGGAGAGGGCGCUGGGUUACAAUGGUAUCAGCGCUGGAAGAGAGCGUUGCCCGGUGAGGCUGGCACUGCAAUACGUGGGGGUGCGACCCGUUAAGGAGGGGUCUGGGCCGUUGCAUUAUGAUGGGCUGCCAGUCACGAAAUACCAGUUUCAAUGGAUGCUGAGUCGCUGUUUGGCGGGCCUGGGCCUCCCACCCACUGCUUUUGGUACCCUCUCCUUUCGCAUAGGCGCAGUGACGUCGGCUGCUGCGGCGGGCUACUCCAGAACGGAUAUACAGGCGAUGGGGCGAUGGAAAGCAGCGAGUUAUAGACGAUAUAUUCGCCCCGUCGCAUGAGAGGUCGGUUUGCGCUUGGUGCUUUGCGUAAAGUGGCAAUGUAUUAUGCUGUUACAGUUCUGUGAAUUUGUGGUGUUGUGCGUCUGUUGGUGUUACCCCUUUUGUUUUGUUUUUGUUUGUUGUCCUACUCAGGGAUUAGCUACUCGCCGUUGCUGGCAUGAGUCGGCAGCGGGGGUCUGGAGUUAUUUGCGAUUUUUUGCCUGACUUGACGGACUGAAUUCUAAUCUAUAAUUCGGCUAAUUUGGUCUAAUCAGAGUCCCUCAGCAGGUCUUUACGUUUCACCUCCAGCUGAGUUAUUACAUGUGUUUCCCAUUUUAUACCCCCCCCCCCCUUCCACCCCCCCCCCCCCCUGUUUUUAUUUCGUUUAAUUUUAUUUGAUUUUCCCCCUUUGUGUCUUUAAUUGCACUUCUAAAUUGGCAACGAAAAGUGGUGCAGUCGGCUAGGCCGUGACUGCUGCAACAGCGAGUCAUAAAGUUUUCUUUUUUGGCAGAUCCUUCAGUAUAAACAAUGAAUAAGCCUCUUAGUAAUCAAUCUUACCCCUCUUUUUCCCUUCAGGAUGGUUUUAAGUCAAUUUGACCAUUUGGGUGGUUGGCCACUCUUACAUUUACGGGGCGGCCAGGUUUGUGGCCUCAGAAGGGUCUCAGGCAUUGUUUGGAAUACAGGGUGUCAGAUGGCUUGGCUGGCGCGGAAUGAUGUGGGGUGAGCUGAGUAGUAGGUUAGUGAGUCAGGCCAGCAAGCAUGGAGUCCCUAAGGUUUUCGUUGUCCAUCUAGGGGGCAGCGACUAGGGGAAGAGGACAUCCUUGGAGCUGCGGUGGGCCAUGAUACAGGAUCUGGCAAGUGUGACCGCGCAAUGGACCAAUUUGUGUGUUGGUUUUUCCAUGAUGGUGCCGAGAUUGUGUUGGAGGGGUGUGGCGGAUGGUCGCCGGAUUGAUGAGGCCCGGAAAAUGGUGUUAGGAGCUGUGGCACAGUGGGUGCUGUCCCACGGCGGGUAGGGUGGUCCGCCACCCGAGGAUACGGUGCAGAGACAGCCACCUUUUCCGGCGCGAUGGAGUACAUCUAUCCGAGGAGGAGAUGAUGUUUUUUCUGGAGGAUCUAGGUUUCGCUUUGCAGGAGUUAGGGUAGGUUUCUGGUGGCGGUGCGAAAGACUUUGGGGAUGAGUCUUUCGCUGUUGGCGGAAAAGAACGGCAGUUUCGUAUGGUAGAGAAAACUGUAGUGUUUUACAGUUUGUUGUGGUUUAGGUGCACUCACCUCCAUCGACUUAUGGCCGCUUGACCACCCAUCCGGGAAGGCAGCGGCAGGGCACCCAGGAGCGGUGGGUAGUCACUGUGGGGGUUGAGUUGUCACCUAUUACCGGUUUAUGGUAAGCUUUUAGUAAAUUUAUAGGAUUGAGUUAUUUAAGUUAAUUUAGAUUAAGGAGCCGUUCUUUUGGGCCGCCACCAUAUGCCAGAUGGAGCGGCAUAUUAAAUUAAUCUCUUUUUAUUACAGGUUUCCUAAUGGUUAGGGACAAAUAAAUAGCUAGCAAUUUUCUGCCAAAUUCAAGUCUCAGUGUCGUUAUUUCUGGUUAUGAUUAUGAAUGCUUUACUUUCAAAGAAAGGGGUCCACCAAAUAUCACUAAGAUGUUUAGAAGAGAGUAUUGACUGCAUAGGAGAGAAAAGAGUUAAACAUCUGGGGAGGGGUGGACCUAGCUGUUAGGAAAGUACAGCCUUUAAGGGGAGGGCUUGAUAUAUAUAGGGAAGGCGAGGCCAUUUUAAGUCUCUUGGUGAUUUGGUUUCCCUCCCUCCCGCCCUGGUAGUUGGAAAUUGUGGCACGUGGUACUUUGGCUCUAAGUUGUUGGCUGUUUUCGUUGGCUAUUUAUUGGCGGAAAAGAACGGCAGUUUCGUAUGGUAGAGAAAACUGUAGUGUUUUACAGUUUGUUGUGGUUUAGGUGCACUCACCUCCAUCGACUUAUGGCCGCUUGACCACCCAUCCGGGAAGGCAGCGGCAGGGCACCCAGGAGCGGUGGGUAGUCACUGUGGGGGUUGAGUUGUCACCUAUUACCGGUUUAUGGUAAGCUUUUAGUAAAUUUAUAGGAUUGAGUUAUUUAAGUUAAUUUAGAUUAAGGAGCCGUUCUUUUGGGCCGCCACCAUAUGCCAGAUGGAGCGGCAUAUUAAAUUAAUCUCUUUUUAUUACAGGUUUCCUAAUGGUUAGGGACAAAUAAAUAGCUAGCAAUUUUCUGCCAAA